AUGGCCUAUUCCGCAACUGCUCCGUGUGCGGCAGCUCAAUAUUCUGAGCUUAAGAUGACCCUAUACACAAACAAGGAGGUGUAUUAUUCUGGACCAGACAAUAACGGAGUAACCAUCAUAGAUGGAUCAAAAAUGGGCACAACCUGGGUCUUCUCGUGGCCUGUAGCCGAUGGGGCAACUCCUGAUGCAAACAUCGUCGGCCAUCUCCAGGGCACUGGUGUUCAAGUAGCCAAUACUCCCAAUCUGGUGUAUCACUACUCCCUGGGAUUAGUGUUCGAGGAUAAAAGGUUCAAUGGGUCCACACUCCAAAUACAAGGGACUUCCCAAAUCAAUGGGGAGUGGAGCAUUGUUGGAGGGACAGGAUUACUUACUAUGGCAAUGGGUACUGUCAAACGCACAUCAGUUGUAGACAAAGACAAUACCAGGAUCUCAGAACUCAAAAUACAUGCCUAUUUGGCUUCAGUGAAGCCUACUACAACUAGUGUGUGUAUCAAGGCAGGUAAUCAUCAUGACGAACUCCGCAACUACGGUGGUGGUGGAAGUGGGGCAGCAUUAGGCCCUAGUGUGCCCUUGGUUACUUUCAUCGGUGGAGAUAACCUGUUAUCACUGCUGGCGAAAGUGAAAUCUGCAGUAGUGUGUGAAUUUUACUCACAGAUAUUAUCACAAACUGACAUCCUACGAAAACUCUGUUUGUGCCUGACUUAG